AUGACGAUUGAUGAGAAAACGGUUAAUAAAGAAAAGAAUGAUAUGGAUAAAUCAAAUAAAAUUAAUAGUAAUAAAAACUUAAUAGCAAACGAAACUUUAAGAAAUAGUUUUAUAAAAAAUAAUGAAAAAUUAAAAAUUAAAAAGGAUGAUACUGAGAAUGAUCCUUCAAAAGGUCUAAGUAUAUUCCAAAAAGUAAAACUUAUGAUCUCCUUAAUAACAGUAGAACCAAUUUUAGUAGGGUUUGUUGUGCCGUCUGUUUUGUCAAAUUUAGCUACACAGAACUUGUAUCUGGAUAAGGCCUGUAGAGUUAAUUUGGGGUUUGAACAACACAUAUGUGACGCAUUGACUAAAAGAGACACUGCUAAUUAUACGUUUGAAGAAGAAGCAGUACAAACACUAGUAGCUUCAGUAGCUGGAUGGAAAACAGUAUUACAAUCAUUUUUACCAUGUGGAACACUUAUAUUUGUCGGAGCGUAUAGUGAUAGAAUUGGACAAAGAAAAUUUUGUAUGCUUUUACCUAUCAUCGGAGAAUUCUUAACUAGUAUAGGUCUUAUUGUAAAUACUUAUUUCUUUUACCAACUACCAGUCGAAGUAGCUGCUGUGACAGAAGCAAUAUUUCCAGCUUUAACUGGGGGCUGGCCUACUAUGUUUAUGGGCAUAUUCAGUUAUAUAGCGGAUGUGACUACAGAGGAACAAAGGACGGUACGAAUUGGAAUUACGAACCUAUUUUAUUUUUUGGGAAUGCCGUUAGGUGCAGCUCUUAGUGGAAUAUUACUGCGAAAAAUUAGCUUAUACGGUGUUUUCUCAUUAUGUGCAACUAUUUACGUAUUGAGCUUCUUCUACGGAUAUUAUAGGAUUAAAGAAGUCAAAAGAAGUGAUAUUCAGUUGAAAAAGACAAGUAACUGUUGUGAAUGGCUGCGAGAUUUCUUUGACAUGCGUUACGUUAAAGAUACCCUGAUGGUUGCCUUCAAACGCGGUCCCAACAAAAGAAGACUACGAGUUAUAAUGCUUGUCGUUGUUUUAUGUGUUGUAGUUGGACCUAUUAACGGAGAGUUAUCCGUGAUAUAUCUGUUCACGAGGUACCGGUUUAACUGGGACGAAUUGGAUUUUAGCAUGUUUACGACUUAUAUCAUGUGCACUUCUCUCGUCGGGACGCUAAUUGCCGUUGGAGUGUUCAGCCACCUAUUAAAAUUAGAUGAUGCCAUUAUCGGAGUGAUCUCUUGCAUGAGCAAGAUAUUAUCAAGCUUUAUGUACGCCUUCUCAACAAAAACUUGGCAAAUAUACAUUGCACCGUUAAUUGAAAUGUUCAAUGGUACUUCGAUAAUGGCAAUGAGGUCGAUGGUUUCAAAACUAGUGGAAAAGAAUGAAUUAGGGAAGUUGAACUCUCUCUUCGGAGUGGCAGAAGCAAUGAUGCCCCUGGUGUUUGCUCCUAUGUAUACGACGGUGUACAGUGCAACUAUUGGAACCUUCCCUGGGGCCUUCUUCUUCCUUGGUGGGGGGCUGACUGUACCAGCUUUACUUAUAUUUUUAUGGUUAUAUUUGGCAAAUAAGAAAUACAAAGAAGCAAAUUUUCAACAAAAUCUUAGAGAAGCUCAAGUAGCAGAAGAUAAACCGGAAACGAUCAGUAUCGACAACAAAGCUUUCGAAAACGAGGACAAGAGUAAGAUACCGAACAAUACUGAUCCGUCAAAUCAGUUAGAAGAUACGGAAAAGUUCGAAAAAACCGUCAGCCAAUCUCAAAUCGAAAUGGGCUUUACAGAGAGUAUGAUUUGUACUAGUAAAUUGUAG